GCUCCUUCUACUCGUUCAUGCACCCGAAUCGGACUGCCUCCAGUCUUCCAUCUCCCCAAGGCGUGUUCAUGCAUGGCUUCCCACUCGGAUCACGCCUCGAUUAGAUGGGCACAUACAGUCAGCGCAAUAGAGGGCGCUCUCGUCGGCGCGCGGUGCGCUGUUGCAUCAAGGACGUGAUGCUCGGCACGCCAUGAUCAAUCAGCCUCGCAGGCGCCCUUCUUUCUGACGCAUCCCACGCAGCAGGGCAUAAAUUGUCCAGAACUUCUUGGAGCCGCGUAGCCGACCGUUCCCCACACACCCUAAUGACAUUGGACGUACCGAGAGAGAGGCUGCUCGUCGCGUCGGGCGUUGCGCUGGGCGUGUAUGUCGGGCUGCGCGUGUUGGGCAGCCGCCUGCGGCAGAGCAUGCUGGAGAAGGAGACCAUCGUGUGCGAGCUCGAGCACCUUGGGAAGCCGCGCGCGGAGGGCGAGAAGCUGAAGGGGACCGCCGUGGUGUGCGGAGGCAGCAUUGCCGGGUUGGUGGCGGCGCGUGUAUUGCACGACCACUACGAGCGCGUCGUGAUAAUCGAGCCGGAGGGUUGGCUGGCGACGGAGGACGGGCGGCGGGUGCGCGCUUGGGAGCAGGAGAACAAGCGCUCGCGGCUCAUCCAGUACGGCGCGAUUCAUGUCGUCCACGGUAUCGGCUACCGCGCAUUCAAGCGCCUCUUCGACAAGUUCGACGAGGAAUGCGCGGCGUCGGGCAUUGCAAUCGGUCCCGCGGACUACAAGACGCACAUGUGGGGCAAUCCCCUCGCGGACACAGACUUGAACGACCCGACGGUCUUCACCUCGCGGCAAGGCAUCGAGACCCUGCUCCGACGGCUCACGCUCGACAAGACGACGUACCCGAACAUUGACUAUAUCGUUGGCACUGUCACCGGCCUCAUCGCGAGCCCCGACGACCCAACGCGGGUAGGGAGCGUCGCGGUGACCGGCGCGGAGGGAAACUACACCGUCGACGGAACGUUCUUCGCCGACUGCACUGGCUCCGCGCAGGCGCUCAAGUGGCUGCCAGCCGCGGGUUUUGGCAAAGUCGACUCUGGCGCGAAGAAGGACAAGGACGGCCCGCUCCCGCUCGACGAGUUGAAGAUCUCGUUCGACCCGAAGACGCGGUAUGCGACGAUGGAGUUCCCUCUGCCGCCUGACCUGCUGAAGCGGACCCCCGUGCCGGACGACGGGCGGAAUACUAUCUACUGCUGCCUCUCGCACCCGACGAAGAACAAGGAAAGCAUAUACGUGCUCAAGCGCGACGGGAACAUCGCAGUACAACUAUGUGUUGGACGCUGGGGCGGAGGAGAGACCCCCUCUGACCUCGACGGCUUCAUCGACUUGGCGUCGAAGGUCUACACAGACAAUGGGCAUCCCGACUGGCUUUUCCCUCUCCUCGAUACCCUGCACGAAGUUGAGGACCAGAUGAAGAUACACAAGGCCAUCGUCCCGCCGCGCUCGUGGAUCCGGUACCACCUCGCUUCCAACUUGCCCUCUAACUGGGUUGCGCUCGGAGACAGCGUCAUGACGCUGACGCCUGCGUACGGGCAAGGCGUAGUGAAAGCUAUCAUGGAUGCGACAUGCCUCAACGAGCUGCUCGUCAAUGUGAAGGAACGCGUUCCCGAUGGGUUUUCUAAGAAGUUCUUCCAGUACCAAAUCAACAAAACUGGGCCUCUCUGGGACCAAAAUCGUCAGGCAGAUUAUGCGAAGGAGACGACGGUGCCCGUGCCGGGCGAAGACCGAUCAUACGGCGCUUUCGAGCGGUGGUAUGGCUUCCGCUUCCAGCGCCUGACCUUCACGGAUCCCAGCGUUACCUCUGUCUUCUAUAGCGUCAUGAACAUGGUCGCCCCCGGCAUCGACACCCUGCAGCCCUCCAUCUUAGCCAAGGUCAUCUGGGAUCUAAUCCGGCAUCCGAACGCAAACUAG